GAGUGACUUGGGUGGUGGUGGGGGUCAGUUGAGGACUACCCUAACAGUUCAGAUCUGUAUUGUCAGUGUCACCGCCUACAGGACUGGACACACAACUUCAGGUCAGUUCUUUACUGUCCUACUACAAUAUACCUACUCAUCACUACAGUAACUGUAUAUACAGCUGGAGUGACUUGGGUGGUGGUGGGGGUCAGUUGAGGACUACCCUAACAGUUCAGAUCUGUAUUGUCAGUGUCACCGCCUACAGGACUGGACACACGACUUCAGGUGAUGAUGGGCCUCGAAACGAUCUCACUGACAACAACAUGCAUAUUCCUAGUCCAGAUGGUGCGAGUGUCCGGCCAUGGUCGCCUGAUGGACCCUCCUGCGCGCAACAGCAUGUGGAGGUUCGGGUUCGCAAACCCUGUCAACUACAACGACAAUGAACUCUUCUGUGGGGGCUACGCAGUGCAGUAUGAGCAGAACCAAGGCAAGUGCGGAGUUUGUGGAGACUCCUUCGGCAUCAAUGAACCUCGUCCGCACGAGGCUGGUGGUCAGUACGCCAAGGGGAUCAUCGGCAGAUACUACAGCACAGGGCAGGAGAUAGACGUUGAAGUAGAGUUGACGGCCAACCACUGGGGCAGGUUUGAGAUGUUCCUGUGCCCCAACAACAACCCUCGGUACGAGGCGACACAACCCUGUCUAGACAGGUUCCCGUUGUACGUGUCGGGUACUCGUAGUUUCCGGUUCCUAAUUCCUGAGAAGAGUAAGAAGAAGGAGAUUUUCCGAUACAAAGUUAGACUUCCGCCGUACGUCACAUGUUCACAGUGUGUUCUUCAGUGGACCUACUAUACAGGUAACAUGUGGGGGCGUUGUGCCAACGGGACAGAGGCUGUAGGUUGUGGUUCUCCAGAGACAUUCCGCAACUGUGCUGACAUUGCGAUUGUCACCUCCACCCUCGGACUUCCACCCCAGUUUGUCUCCCAGGUGUCUGCAGACAACCCCUUCCUGCUCAAAUAUCUUCGGGCACCCCAGGUCGCCUACCCUCUGGUCGUCAGGGACACAGUGUGUGUUGCUACUCCUCUAUACCGCAGUCUGAGAGGUGUGGACGACUGGUGUCAACAGAACUGUCUCAACUUCCCUCCAAACUGUCCUCCUUCAGUGUGCUACUGCCCUGAUACUUGUGAUGCCAUCGGAGAAAUAGCUGGCAGGAGUGGAGCGGAUGAGUACUGCCAGGACAAAUGCAUUGUGUACCCCAGCAAGUGUCCUCCCAACAGGUGUAGAUGUUAUCAGUCCCGCAGGAUUAACUAGAGUAGAGGAGGGAACAUCAUCCAGUGUAUAUACUUAAGUAGACAUCUCACAGUGCUGUGCCAGAUAUAGUAAAAUGUAAAUGAUGUAUUAAGCGUUACUUUGAGAGCACUUUUGCAAUAUUAUAAGAGGGUUUGUUUGUUCAGCCUUUGCACUAGCCUCUGAGGCAUUUUAGAUAGAAACCAUUAUUAGAGGUGAAGAGUUUAAAUUGAGUGUAAGGCAUUCAUGGAAUAAAUCCAACGUAUGGGAAACCACUGAUGUUUUUUUUUUCAAGUGGACAAAUAGGUAGCUUUUUCCAGGGGUUCAGGUUUCCCAAGAAAAAUAGUGUUGAUAUAAAAACGAACUAGCACUUAUUUUUUAUUUUGGAUAUCUAAAUGUAGAAUCCUAUUUCGGAAGCAUUUACAAUAUACUUGUUUGUCACUAAAAACUUUACGAAGGUUUUGACACAAGGGUAGAAAUAUAGGAGUUUCUUGAGUACUGCUUAAAAUUAAUCAAUACUUAAACAUAAUCUAUUUUUAACUAUGCCUGAAUAUCAUAUCCAAUAGUUGAUCUAUACUACCUUUAUGAACAUUUAAAGUAAGCUACCCAAAAUGUUUUCAGAUUAUGUGUUUAGUAAACUUACUAUAUAGGAUGUCUACUUAGUAUCUAUAUUCAUGUUUAUCCCUAACAUUGGUAACAUGAGGAAUGGUUCUCUUUAGAAUGAUAAGUUGAUGAUUUUUUAUGGCAAUAGAGAGGAACAAAAGUUACUAAUUAGCUAUUUUAAUGAUUGAGUUGAACUAUUUGCCAAUAUUUUGUGUUGUUACAGAACAUUUUCUCCCUCCUAUCUUUCUAUUCAGUUUGAGAUUAAUACAAUUGAUAAAAUGUAUAAAAAUAAGUGUAAGAAAAAUCUAAUGAAUAUUGUUCUAAAAUUGGUAUAUUUUACUUUAUUUUUUUUUAGGAAAAGACACUUGGCUCUACAUUUUAAGGAAGAAGGAAUGGACUACCGGUAACUUACUAUAACUAACGAAAAGAGUUCCUUCAUACUUCUUUAGUUCUUUAUACUGAAGAAGAGUCCUUGUAAGGGGGAAAUUUCUGUAAGGGGGAAUUAAAUUUCAAGUAUAUUAAUCGUGCUGUUAACUUUUAUGUGCUUUCAACUGCCUGGAACUCUUUUCUUGUAGUUGUGUAUGCAUCUCUUCUUCCUUAAUUCUGAAAAAAUAAAAUACCCCCGCCGCAGAAAACCUGCAGACUAAGCGAAUUUCCAUUUGACUGAUUGGAUUUACCGGUACGCUAAAAUAUCUCCUUAAAAAUAUCACAUUUAUUCUCUAUUUAAAUAGCAUUAGUUUAACAAGUACAUACUUAGGUUUCCUGCAAAAGGGAGGGUAAAAAAUUGUUUGUUGUAAAAUGUUAAUAGUUUAGUACAAAAUAAAUGCAUUUUCCAAAUUUGAUCAAAAUAUUGUCAUAAAUGAGCAAACUACAACAGUUUACUUAUAUUCUCCGUAAGAAUAACAUGGGAAUUUUAAAUUUAUAAUUUUUUGGAAUUUUUUCUGUAACUAUUAGGCGCAUAACAAAGCUUCAAUAUACUGAAUUAUUUUUUUUGAGCUCUACAAAAUAGUUUGGAAAGAAAUUGCAAAACUUAGUCCGAUCAUGCUGGUUUGCGAACUCGUUCGAAUAAAUGUAGGUUUACACGUUUGUACCAAAUUUCAUCAAAAUGAAAUCAUUUUUGCUCGAGUUAUCAUGCUAACGGACAUAUAUAUAUAUAUACACCAUCCGUUCAGGUCUUACCAUGAGUACUAUGGUAAUAGCUUAUUCCCUAUAUGGGAAAUUCGCUAAAAAAACUCUAAAUUUGUUUUAUUAUGGAGAAUAACUAAACUGUUUAGUUAGCAUGUUUAUCAAUAUAUUUUGAUCACAUUUUGUAUUUUCAUAUAUUUAAAACCAAGCUAACGUUGUGCGAAAAGACACACAUAAUUAACAUUCCUUGUGGCAGCAAACCUAUGUACUAAGUGCAUCCCGCAUCUAAUCUAAUAUUUUUUUAAAUAGACAAAAUAAAUCUGACAUCUUUAUGAAAUAUUUUACUGCAAUCUUAUCAGGCAAAUGGACAUUUGCUUAGUCUGCUAGUUUGCUGCGGCAGGAAUAGUCUAAUGAUUUUUAUGACUACGCAAGUUUGAAAAUAUACAAAUUAAGGUACCGUAGUUGUAAUGGAUGCGUAUUUUUGUAAUUGUUCAUGUCAAUGGAUAAUAUGUACAUAUGCGAGUGUGUAAUGUACUGUAUAUUUUAAGGAUUUAGGUUACAAUGUUUACAACAAGAAAGAAUAGGUAGAUGACUUGAACCAUUUUUAAUAAAAGAAUGAUUCUCUCAUCUAUCAUUCUAUCUCUGGUAAAACACAAUCAGUUAAACAAUGAAGUACAAUUUUACUUUUGUAUGUGUUGUAGUUUUAGAGAGUGAGUAAGAAAUAAAAAUA